AUGGCCAAGCACAACGGUGACACAGGAGUGGACAGCAGAAGCUCAUCGUCCAACACUCCUCUCAAGCGGGAGCUGAAGGAACAGCUCCAGGGGCUGCAGGAGAGCGAGCGCGGCCACACCGAAGCCUUGCACCUCCUCAAACGGCAGCUGGCCGAGACCAAGUCCUCAGCCAAGAGCCUGCGGGUGACCAUCGGGGAGGCUUUCGAGCGGCUGGCACAGCUGGCGCGGGGGGGCAGGCAGAAAGCGAUGCUGGAGGAGCUGGAGGCGGACACGGCACGGACGCUGACCGACAUCGAGCAGAAAAUCCAACGCUACAGCCAGCAGCUCCGCAAGGUGCAGGAGGGCAGCCAGAUCCUCCAGGAGCGCUUGGCCGAAGCCGACAAACACGUCUUUUUAGCCGGUGUCGCGUCCCUUUCCGAGAGGCUGAAGGGGAAGAUCCAUGAGACCAACUUGACCUACGAGGACUUUCCCACCUCCAAAUACAUGGGACCACUGCAGUACACCAUCUGGAAAUCCCUUUUCCAGGAUAUCCAUCCCGUGCCAGCAGCCCUGACGCUGGACCCCGGCACGGCUCACCACCGCCUGAUCCUCUCCGACGACUGCACCAUCGUGGCGUACGGCAACCUGCACCCCCAACCGCUGCAGGACUCCCCCAAACGCUUCGACGUGGAGGUCUCGGUCCUGGGUUCGGAGGCGUUCGGCGGUGGGGUCCACUACUGGGAGGUGGUGGUCUCCGAGAAGACCCAGUGGAUGAUCGGUUUGGCCCACGAAGCCGUCACCCGCAAGGGCAGCAUCCAAAUUCAACCCAGCCGAGGUUUUUAUUGCAUCGUCAUGCACGACGGGAACCAGUACAGCGCCUGCACCGAACCCUGGACCCGGCUCAAUGUCAAGAGCAAGUUGGAGAAGGUGGGGGUCUUCCUGGACUACGACAAGGGGCUUCUCAUCUUCUACAACGCCGACGACAUGUCCUGGCUCUACACCUUUCGGGAGAGGUUUCCCGGCAAGCUCUGCUCUUAUUUCAGCCCCGGGCAGAGUCACGCCAACGGGAAGAACGUCCAACCCCUCCGCAUCAACACCGUUCGCAUCUAA